UCGACGAUAUCACCAUCUGCUACUCAGCAUCAUGACCAAGAAAGUUCUAUUUGUUCUCACUUCCUGCGACAAGACCUUGACCGGGGCUCAGACUGGCUGGUAUCUGCCAGAAGCUGUCCACCCCUUCAACGUCCUCGCAGCCGCCCACGGUGUCGAGAUCGACUUUGCUGCACCCAAGGGACCUAAUCCCCCUGUCGAUGAGGGCAGUGUAAAGAACUUCCCGGAUGAUGCUGGGUUUUUGAGCGCAGCAUCGCCCAAGAGCAAACUUGAAAGCACCAAGAAGCUCUCAGCCGUCGAGGCCAGCGAUUACGAUGCUGUCUUCUACGUCGGCGGUCACGGACCUAUGAUUGAUCUCUCCGUGGAUGAGGACAACGCCAAAUUGUUGGAAGACUUUUACAAAUCCAACAAAAUUGUGGCCGCUGUUUGCCAUGGGCCAGGGGCCCUGGUCAAAGCCAAACUGGAUAACGGAGACUCUAUCCUGAAGGGCAAGAACGUCACUGGCUUCUCGAACGUCGAAGAAGAGCAGGUCGGCAAAGUAAAGGAUAUACCCUUCCUUCUGGAAACCAGAUUGAAGGAGCUCGGUGGCAAGUUUACUGCCGCCGCCGAGCCAUGGGGGACUCACGUUGUCAUUGACAAUGGAGGAAAACUGAUUACGGGUCAAAACCCCGCCUCGGCGCAGCUGGUAGGUGAAAAGAUUUUAGAGGCGUUGAAAGCAUAAAUUGUAAACCCAAGAACAAUUGUAAGAUUAGUAUUUGCGAUGGAACAACUGGAGAAUUUGAAUCCGUGGGGUCUGUUGUAUGGAGUCGCGGCGUGUUAUCCUCAGAGGAAAUAUGAAUUUCACAUGUGCACCUUCC